AUGACGCCCUCUGUGGACAGGAUCGGUGUGCAGAAUCCGAUCGUGGAGAUGGACGGUGCUUCCUCGCGCUAGACUUGCUCUUAUCUUUCUCCCGUUAUCAACUCGUUCUUUUUCUUCCUCACUUAAUGCUUGGUUACAAUUAUAUUCGUUACCUUUCAGGUGAUGAGAUGACCAGGGUCAUUUGGAAGAUGAUAAAAGAAAAGGUGGUCCUCCUCUCUGCCAUCUGUCCAUUUUUAUCUGGCAAUGCCGUGUCUGGUUUGAUCUGCUAUAAAUUUUUCGUUGUCGAUGUGCUAACCUUGCUAUUUUGUGUGUGUUUGUGUUUUUAUUUUUUAUUUAACCAAUGGAAGCAGCUUAUUUUUCCUUAUCUGGACAUAAACAUCAAAUAUUUUGAUCUUGGCCUGGAAAAUCGUGAUGCCACAGAUGACAGAGUAACUGUAGAAAGUGCUGAAGCUGCCCUAAAGUAAGUGUGCCUUAUCUCUAAAGAUGUAUGUCAGCGACCUUAUUGCUUUCUUUUAUCGUAUGCUUUUUGAGUCGUAAUGUCACAUUAUGGGCCAUUGUGAUGUCAUAGUGUUCUGCAGAUUAUGCACUUUGUCCUUUCUGUACAUGAUAUGGGUGUGAAUCAAUUCUCAAAGUCAGGUGGUCGUUUCUUCUUAAACACGUAUCCAACCCUGCAAUGAACAAUUCAUUACAUGCUUCACAUCAUCUGACAUAACUUUUUACUUUAGUUCACCCUCUCCUGUUGUAAUGCCCAACUGUGUGAGUAGCGGUUGAUCCUAGAGUAAGGCACCUUUUAAAUUAUGGGGCUAUCUACUGAAAAUUGGAAUAAUUCUGCAUAAUUCAUACAAUUUUCGUAUUACCCAUUAUCCACUCUUAAUUACAGUGUGAGUUCAUGCAAUUAUCAUUUCCCUUAUGAUAGGAAAUUUUCUUAGUCGACGACAUGUCUCCUGUUUUGAAUUUUUUUUCAUGUUUGUCCGAUACAUAUGUUUGCAGAGAUUUUUUUUGUCGCCAAAAAGGUUUAUCCUGCAGGUACGUUUUUCUUAUUGCAGGUAUAAUGUCGCUGUGAAAUGUGCAACAAUAACACCUGGUUGGUGAAACUCUUUUCCUUUUUUACUAUUGACGUCCGUCUUUCAUUUAUCUCAUUGUUUAUGCAGGUACCUCUCUGAAAUGUUUGUACGGUAGAUAUACUAUAACUAUCAUUCACUUUAUACAUUAUACACGCAACCAACAUUCAUUGGUACACUAUACCUAUACAUUCACUUUAUACACGUUAUAAAUGCAACUAACAUUUACUGACUUCGUACACCCAUGUCCUCUUGUUUACUAAAUGAAAGUUAGGUCGCAGUAACAGUCAUAUGUCCUUAAAGAGGAUGUUUGGCUUAUCAUUUCCAUCGAAAAACUUACCAUAUUGGCUAUGGGAUCAGGUAGAUAUUACUAAAGAUCCGGGUAACUGGCAAAUUUGUCUGAUCUUCCGUUUGAUGUUGAACUUAUAAAAGGGAGUGUCAGUCAGAGGUAGCUUUUGAUAGCUUGCCAGCAGUCCAGAUCGGGCUGUCGUGAGGUAAAAAACCUAAUAGGCUGUGCGUAAAUACAUGGUAAUUUGUAUUUUUAAAAUAUCAUUAAUUUUCGGAGAAAAAUAAUCUGUUAGAAUUCCUGUUGCUGAUCUAGCCCUGUCAGUUUCUGUGUGAUGGCUUGUGUGGAACAUUGGGAGUUGGCUGGGAAAGUUUAUUUCUUGCUUGAGUUUAAGGUCAGAGAAAUUAUACUACCAAAGAAACUGGUUUACGUGGACCAGAAACAGCUAAAUUACAAUUAAGGAUGAUAGACUAACUUGAAGAUGCUAUUAAGGUACAGUUAAUUAUAUAAUCGCCGCUUGUAUUUAUUUAAGGCUGCUGAUGCAGGGAAUCCUGGAUGAUGAAAUGAUCCCGGUUGAUUGAUUCCGGGACUAGAUAUUCCCCUUUGGAAAUUCUUUGUGUUGAAGUUGCGUAUCUCUUACGAUACCAGAAAGUUGAAGACAAGUGUAAAAGUUUCUUAUGUUUAGAGAAAUUAUUGAAGAUUCAAGUUUGAGUUCAAACCAGUCACUCUAUUCUCAGAUUGUCUUGUGGUAGACCAAAAGUUAAAAGAGGUAGAGAAAUAUCAGUUACUUCCCAGUGUUGCAGAGAUGAAGUUUAUAGCGAUUGGGUUCAACUAGGACCAAUUUCAGGUUACUUCCUGGUGUUGUGCGAUGUUUCCUCGAGUUAUUUUAUUUUUCUACCUUUUGUGUAUGUCAAUGAAAAGUGUUGGCAGACCAUGUCCUUAAACAAUGCAAUGGUAGAGGGGGAAAAUAUGCUAUUUGGUUUUGUUGAACCAAAUGUAUGUUUUAAGGGUUUCACUGCUGUGUACUUAUACGGAACCUUGUUACCAUGUGAAAUGGAUGUGACCCGGGGUUUUGGAGGGAUUUCAAAAUGAUAGGCAGUUCUAAAUAUUUCAGGCUUUUCAGACGUCUGAAAAGGGCCAAAUAAAGUAAGAUGGGCGUAAACAUGGAUUCUAUUCCGAUUUACAUAUUAUCUGGCUACCAAUUGCAAAUGCCUGAAACCGUGGGUUCUUACUUGUAUGUGUCUUUAUGUAGACAUUUUUCUUCCAGAUUGAUGGAACUAAGCUUACGAUGAUCCAUCAUCGACCCUGAUUUCUUUAGAGUAAUGCUAUGUGCUUAUAUUGCCUUCCAAGAAAUCGAAUUUCAAUUUGUCAAUGGAGGAACUUGAACGCCCGUGUUCUUUGAGUUCUAAUACCUGUUUUCAUACAAUUUGGACGACAGAUGAAGCUAGAGUGAAGGAGUUUGGUCUAAAGUCCAUGUGGAAAAGCCCCAAUGGGACAAUAAGAAACAUCUUGAAUGGUUUAUUUUCUCUCCCUUUCUUUCUGUGUUGUCAGCAUUUGUUUUGGUCUACAUUAAAUUGGUUUGAUUUAGAUAACUAUACUAAAAACGCUUUGGCUUAGUCUAUCUUCUGUGUAUAUCUAGAAAUCCGCAUUCACAACACUUUGCCUUAUUUGUGAAUAGUUGUAUCACCCACUUUCGAACAGCCACUUUUGGUUCUUCAAGCAUUAUAAUGCGCUUCAGUAAAAUCCUUCCAAGUACCAUCCUUCAGAGCUAUGCACGUGUUCCCAUAGAUUCAGGGAAACGAUUUGGUCACACUAGAAGUUUUCAUGUUGACAUAGUUUUUAUGAUUCAUGUGGUAUCUUGUCUAAAUUUCCACGUCCUUCCUGGAUGAUGUUUUCCCCUAAACAGUAACGGAUAAUGCAACAUGUAUGUACAAAUAUACGCCUAUGCACUUAUCUUCAUCCUGCUGAUGGUUCUAAUGACCUCGUGUGUUUAUAUCUAAAAAGUAACAUUAUCCAUAAAAAAACAUAGUUUCCAUACGUUGGAAUGGCUGUAGCUUGUAGUGCGAGAAAGUACAUAUUUUAUCAACCCCAUUCUACAUAAUGCGGAGGUUUCGAACGUUUUAAGUAGCACUCAACGUGCACAUACAGAAUCCCAAACAUAUUCCCCCAGCAUCGACCUUUGCCUUACAUUUCAUUCGCCUUGUGGCUUGCUCGUAAGGUAUACUUGACCACAUUUAUAUAUUCUUUGCCAGAGUUCUGGGGAUUCAAAUACUAGUGCACUGAAGGAUAUAUUACACAGUAAAUCUAUCCAAUCUUGAGCCUUAUGAAACUUGGUGUUACCAGUCGUCUUAUGGACUUACAUACAACGAUAGUGAUUUCAGUGCAUGGUUUUGAGGAUUCAGGUGUAUAUAAAACGCUUCAUUUAUCUCCUCAGAGUGGGAUAAUGCGAACGGGGAACUGAAAAUUAGUAAUAGCCUUCUGGUAAUACUAGAGGAUCAACAUCACUACUUCUCUUAUACAAAAUUUUCCCUUUAGUGUUUUUUGUAAAUUUUUCUUGUAAUAUUGUCCAAUCCAUGAUCCCAAAUCAAUGUCUAAAAUUAACCAACUAUUCUAACGCUACAUUAUUAUCUUCAAAUUUUUAGUUGCCAAACUGCAAAUCGAGUUGGCUUUCCUUUUAUUUGUUAGGAUUUGUUCUCUUCAUUGAAGAAAGGUGGCAUGCUCUGGUUUUUCAGGAACUGUCUUCCGUGAGCCUAUCAUGUGCAAGAACAUUCCACAGAUUGUUAGCAGUAAGUAACAUGCUCGGCUUUACUUUUAUACCAACUUGAACGUUCAUUUGAUGUGAAUAUCGAUGAUGCCAUUCAGGCUGGAAGAAACCCAUCUGCAUUGGCAGGCAUGCCUUUGGCGAUCAAUAUCGUGCGACUGACUUGGUUGUUAAAGGACCUGGAACGCUUAAAAUGGUUUACAGUGAGUCACAUUACAAAAAUUUAAUGGUUCGAUGGUUGUCAUUAUUUAAUUCGAUGCCUUUAUUGACAAUCUCUAUGCUUGCCCAAAAAGCCCCUACAGAUGGUGGUAUACCUGUUGUACUUGAUGUCUAUGAUUUUAAAGGUCCAGGUGUUGCAUUAUCUAUGUACAAUGUUGAUGAGGUUUGCCAUGAAACUUGAAUUCAACUAUUAAUUGAGUGAUAAAAUUAUUUCUUGAUUCUAAGUCAGAUGCAUUUGUUUCAGUCCAUUCGGGCAUUCGCACAGUCAUCUAUGUCUAUGGCGCAUACAAAGAGAUGGCCUCUUUACUUGAGCACCAAAAACACAAUCCUGAAAAAAUACGAUGGCAGGUACUGAAUGAUAUCUUUGCGCAGAAAUAAGAAAAAUCUUUCAGUUUUCUGUAUCCUCACAUAGCGAAAAUUUCGUUCCGAAAUCAUUCCAUACAAUAAUUAUUUCUCGUAAAAUACACGACACUUGCACAUUUGCUGCAUUACUGGACACUAACAUUUAAAUUCGUUUUGUUGAAUAUUGCGCCGUUUAAUGCCAAUGCAUAUCUCCUGUUUGGCUGUAUGUGCUCACUCAAAUGUUAUAAUUUCUUCUUCUUUUUUUUUCUCCUCGGGGCUUGGGAAUCUAUCCAAGCAUGCUAUGCUCAUAUCAUUUAACCUUCAAAUUAUACACAUUUAUUUUAAUUUCGAUGUGACCAAUUUGAUCCUUGGAAAAAUUGGAAUAAAGCUUACUUUUCGCCAUGGGAUGUCUCCAUAGGUUCAAGGAUAUAUUUCAGGAGGUAUAUGAAGAAGAAUGGAAACAAAAAUUUGAAGAACAAUCAAUAUGGUACGAGCACCGGCUUAUUGAUGAUAUGGUGGCCUAUGCACUGAAGAGUGAUGGCGGAUAUGUUUGGGCUUGCAAAAAUUAUGACGGAGAUGUGCAAAGUGAUUUCCUCGCUCAAGGUAAGUUAUGUGCUGAUGGUUCAGAGAAUACAACGGUCUUUUGACCGUCAGUUAGUCUCCCCCCUCCUCUUAUCUCAUGCGUGAAUUGCCCCCCUUGCCCUCCUUAUCACACUCUGUCUCUCUUAGGGCAUAAUAGAGAUUAUCCCCACAGGGAUUCUCUUCUCUUCUCUUCUCUUCUCUAUGGUUCCAAAUAUCUUGGACGAUGGUACCCAUGAAGAUAGCUACUGAUUUCAUCACUUGCUUUGCAAGAAAUUUGGUAUUUCCUGCACUUCCCAGAUCCUCAUGAUUUCUAGGUCACCUUUGGAGUGUUGGCUCCCUGUACCACCCAGUGAGCUCCUCUCGUCUUUCUCUCUCUAUCACUUAAUCACUGGUCAACCAUGCGUGUAUAGACCUGUCCGAGGCUGCCCAGACCUGUCCUCCCUUUCUGACCCAUCUCACUCCCAUUCUUCAGUCUAGUUGAGCACUACUUACCAGGUUCUACUUUGCCAUGUGGGAAUCAGAACCAGACCAAGGUCUGACUGAUAUGGUUUAUCUGGAGAUUCCUUGUAUUAUGUGUAACCAAUGUGCUUCCCCGAACAGGUUUUGGCUCGUUGGGACUGAUGACAUCUGUGCUGGUAAUAUGAUCAAACUGCUGCCACAAGUCAACUCUCGAUUCCCUUUUUCUAUCAUUUUUUAAGUAGAAGGAUCUAUUUUUGCACAGCUGUCAUCCGACGGGAAGACCCUAGAAGCUGAAGCUGCCCAUGGAACUGUAACUCGCCAUUUCCGUUUCCAUCAGAAGGGACAAGAAACUAGCACAAACAGUAUCGCUUCCAUUUUUGCAUGGACUCGUGGACUCGAGCACAGGUUCGGGGCCCACAUACAAGAUACUAAUCAUCUGGUCUCUAUCUGAUGAACAGUAUCAUAUGCUUCUCUACGAGGCCUCUCUAUGAUUCCUGGUGUAUAUAUAUAUCAUUUACAUACAUUUUUCUCUCACCUUGCAGAGCGAAGCUGGAUGAAAACGAUAGGCUGCAGGAUUUUUCCAAGAAACUAGAGUCUGCUUGCGUUCAGACCGUAGAAUCUGGGAAGAUGACGAAGGAUCUUGCUCUUCUGAUCCACGGGCCAAAGUAUGGUCUCAUUCUCUAAGCUUUUGGUCAAUAAUAUCUUCCUAUAUGUGGAAUUAUUAUGCUUAAUUUUUUAUAUUAAUAACUCAUUCAUUUUCCCAGGAAAUUCAUUAUUAUUAUUAUUAUUAUUAUUAUUAUUAUUCGGUCCAAGGUGAUGACUUUCAUCUCCUGCGCAGAGUAUCACGAGAGCAUUACCUGAGCACUGAAGAAUUCAUAGAUGCCGUCGCUCAGAAUCUCCGGGCAAAGCUUUGUGCUGAAGCUGUUCGAUGA